AUGGUUGAAGAACGGUAUCAGGUGCCAUUAUCGCCGCCAAGUUCUCCGCGUAUGUCGGACAACGCGACAAAGACAGGCGACUACCAUCACGGUCCGCAUCACCUGCAUCAUGCAUCGAGUGGUCCUACUUCGGACUACCAAUCCUACCAACGCGAUCGCUCAAUCCCGCCUCUACGAUCGUACAGAAAUACACCUUACCCUUUGGGAUCAGGCGCUCACUAUGGCCACGAAGGCAAUACUUCAGCACCAUCGACGUACGAUGACCGACAGCUGCUCUCAGAUCCGCAUUCAAUGGGACCAGCAGACUUGCAGUCAUCGACCUACGACGAUUCGACACCCGCAAGUCUGGUAGACCGUCUGACUCCUCGCUCACCUGGUGCCAGCAACAAAGAUCAAGCAGAUGACGACGACCUUGUAGAUGAUUUCGGAGGCGAAGAGCCUGAAGAUGAAGGCGAAAGACCGCCAAUGACUGCUGCUGAGCUGCGCGCUCAAAAAAGGAAGAUGAAGCGUUUUAGACUCACGCACAACCAGACUCGCUUCCUAUUGAGCGAAUUUGCUCGGCAACCACAUCCAGAUGCUGCGCAGCGCGAAAGGUUGGCGCGAGAAAUUCCUGGGCUAAGUGCCAGGCAGGUGCAAGUAUGGUUCCAAAACAGACGGGCCAAGCUCAAGAGAUUAACGCAAGACGACCGCGAGCGAAUGAUGAGAUCCAGAGCUCUGCCAUCAGGCUUCGACACAACUCAAGCACUGCACUCUCCAUUCGGCGCACAACCUCCAUCGAUGGGAGCGCCAAUGUCGUCGUCAAUAGGAGGGUUUGCAACAUAUGGUGACAGCAGCGCAGUACGACCAUUGACUUUAGACACUUUGCGACGUGUUCCUGAUUACGAGCAGUAUGGACAGCAGUAUUCCAGUCCAACUGGUGUCAGUCCAGCAUUGGGCGCAUUUGCGUUCACUCCACCGCAGUCGACAUCGGACCAUCUCUCGCCUGGUUCGGCGACCAGCAGCAUGUCUCCCUACGUUCUUCAGCAGCAAGUCCCGUACGAAGCUUCACGACGACCGCCCACAGGUCUACCAUCUUCAGGCCACACGCCAUUCACGAGUCAACCACAGCUCCAACGACUACCUCUGCAUGAACGACUCAACAGAACGAUGGGCGAGAGCACAGGAUCGCCAUUACGAACCAGCGUAUCAUAUUCGACACUUAACAGCACGAGCACACCACGGCACAUUCCGGAGCGAGCAGCGUCAUUCUCAGAGCAUUCUGUCACCCAGCCAAGGCCGCAACUACAAAAUUCUCAAGUGCCACAGUACCAGCAGACAAACUCGCAGCAGCAGAACCCUCUAGGCGGUCAAGUUCAACAGGCGACAGAUACAGAUCAAUUUCGACGACCAGCAUACAGCGCAUACCCAGCUUCGACAUACCGCACAUCUCACGUUCCGCAAUACGCGGGCUACCCUACCCCCUACUCCUCGCAAAACUACUCCAGCGCUUACGCCCAACAUGGCCAAGUAACCGAACCAGUGUCAGACUCACAACCUGGUCAGCCCAUGCAUGAAGCUCAUCAAAAUGCGGCCGGAGCUUCUCAUCCAUACAUGCUCAGCGCCUACAACGGACAUCGAGUGACGGAGAGUCAGGGCCAUGACGGCGGCUAUUAG